CGUGUUGGGUGCGUGAUGGAUCAAAACCAUUAAGCUGGUGACGAAUUGACUCACUUUACAGUUUGCUGGUGAUCGAGAGCAAUGGGCCACCGUAAAAUAUUAUCCACAAUAUUGCUUCUCUGGGGAAGUCUGCAAAGUUAUGCAAAGAUCUCCCCCAAAGUUAUUUCACUGCAGCAGGUUCUGUACAAGGAACUACAGGCGCUGGAAAAGAGUGCCUUGAUAACGCACCCUCAUCACUCAACGCCACACGAAAGUGCCUCAAGCCAGUUGCGUACCGUGUUCCACGAGUUUGAACAUCAAAACCAGGAAAGUAUAACGGCCAUUUUGCGAGUGUUGGCGUUGGUUGAUCAUACGCUGGAAAACACGAUACAGGACUGCGAAAAAGUGUUUCAUCUCCCCUCGCUCGAAAGUGAGAAUGUUCUGUUCCGGGAGGUAACGUUACCGCUGUUGAUUCACGUCGAAACACUAUGUCAGCGUGUAGCCGAGCAGGAUUUAAGUGCGAUAGAGCUAACGAUGGAAAUGGUGGAGCGGGAAGCAAGCCUUUACCGCCUACGGUUGGACGACACAAAACAAAACAUGCGCACUGUAUUGGACGAGUUGGAUAGCAAUUUGGAAUCUAUCUCACUAUCGAGCAAGGUGGACAGUUUGUACGAAGAGAUAGAGCUGAUGAACAGAACAAUUAGUGUGUCUACUAUGGCUGCUACCGGGAGGUUCCUCGAGCGACAGCAAUACAUCAUAGACAGUCUGGUACAACUGGAAGCCUCCAACUCCGAUCAUCGUUUAGUUGAAACUGUUGUAAGCUUUAUGACACUUUUGCAAAACGAAACAGCACUGCUUGUGGAGGACCUCAGCGAGCAGCUUGACAGUUGGUUCAAUCAAACAGCAUCCAUGAUCGGUGUAGUGGCGGACGAAGUUCAAUACAUACCGCGCGAUCUAAUGGAGUCUCCGAUCGAGAGCUUUCUGCGCAAGGAAAGCUCACUGCAGUGUUUGGUAGAGUACAGCAACCAGAAGGUGGUAGAAAAAAUGACCCAUGGCUUGGAAAGUAUAUUGCAGUGCUUCAGUAUAACAACUAAUACCGAACGGUCAUUUGUAAUGGCGAACCAGCUACUCAACGAAACUGGUGAUGAAGUGGGUCGAAUUUUGGAAGAUAUUUUGCACUGUCAUCAAAGUACUAAGCGCGAUGGGUACGAUGCAGAUGAUUAUGGGGAGAUUGCAAACUGUUUCGAAAUGUCGAACUCGAUUUUGGAAGCGAUGGAAGAUUACAUUGACUCUAAGAUGGAUGAAAUCUUCUUUCACGUCCAACUUGCGAUGCACCUGAACGAGCUUAAAAUGGAGACGUGUGUGUACUAUAAAUCUCGCGAGAUGAUGUUGGCCGUGUCGUUGGUUAACCAUCAAUAUCGGAAGUGUCACAUGGAAGGUGAAAUAGAGCUGUAGUGUGCACUUUGUUAAUACAAACUCUUCUGUGAAGUAACUAAUUUGACUAAUCGUUCAAA